AUGAAAAGUUUGAAUAGUUCUAAUAUUCCAUAUUGGGAAACUCAACUGUUGAAUCAAAUUACUAAAAUUUCGGAUAAAAAGCUGAUAUUUCAGAAAAAGUGUGAAGUUUGUGAUGGUGAUAGCUUUGAUAGAUCCAAGUUAACUAAGGAAAGAAAAAUUGAACAAAAGUUCGUGAAUGCAUAUUGCCACAAGAUUGAGAAAUUAUCAGCAAAAUCAAAGAGGAAUCAAGAUCUUUUUAAUUCUAUCAAGGUUGUAAAUUUUGAGGAUGUGCCAAGAAAUCUAGAAUUAUUGAAACCUAUUUUAAAAUUAUUUCCUAAUGUGGAACAUUUAAGACUGGUGGAUAUCUUUUGUUUUGGUAUGGAUAAAAUUAAACUUGAUCAAAUUUAUGAUAAAUGCACUAAAUUGGAAUUGAGGAGUAAAUAUGAAUGUGGGAGUACCUUAGACAAUAUUCAGCAUUUCCCCAAUUUAGAAUAUUUAAGUUUUUAUGGAGGAUUGACUUUGGAAAAAGCAGACAGUUUGAAACAAUUGAAAAAUUUAACAACACUACAAAUUCUGGAUGCCAAACAUGAUAACCAUAAUGAUUCCAUGGUUGAUGUAUGUGCCUCUCUUUCUGAAUUUCCAAAAUUGAAAACAUUAAUCAUUGAUACUAACAGAUCUGAUAUGGAAUCCAUAAUUCAAUUAUCAAAUUCUAAAACUCUGAGCAGAGUGAAACUACAAACUCUUUUGUUAGAUGAUUUUCAAAUGAUUCAAGGUUUCCCUGAACUCAAAUCUUUGACAUUCUCAGAUUGCAUUCCAUUAAUUCAUCUUUCAAAGCUUGAGAAAUUGGAAUAUUUUGAGUUUACGAUACCAACUUAUCCUGGACUGUCGAGAGUGAAAUUUAGGUUUUUAAACUUGGGGUUGUUAACCAGUUUGACAACUCUCAAAGUAAAUCAAAUUGAGUGGGAAUACAUUUUUGGAGAUAAGUUUAGAAAGGAGGUAUGCAAGUUGGCAAAAUUGACCACUUUGAUAGUGGAAUUGUAUGGUGAUUAUGAUUCCAAUAAUUGUCAAUUUAAAGAAUUUUACGAAUGGUUAACAAUCAAUUUGAAACAAUUUAAUUGUUUUACUAUUACCAAAUAUGAUAAGAGUCAACAUAAGAAAAUUAUUAUUAAAUUUUAA